AUGAGCAGUUAUAGCAGAGAUUUGCCGCAAAUUGAAUUUUGCGAAAUGUGCAUGCUUGGUGAUGCUCAGCGAGUGCGAUCCGCUUUGGCUACAGGCAUAAUUAACGUCAAUUAUCAGCACUGGAAUAAUAAAUGGAGCUCGUUGCAUUGGGCGGCCAGUCGCGGACAUCAAGAGAUUUGCCUUUUGCUCAUCGAAGCCGGUGUGCCGCUGAAUUUGAAGGAUAAUAAAGGAAAAUAUCCAUACGACGUGUGCCCUGCGGAUCACACCGAACUACGCGAGAUAUUGAAACCCGGCAUUCCCGAGGAGGAGAAGGACGACGAGGAAGAGGGAGGAACAAGCGAGGAAAUGGUUGAGGAUGAUCAUCGUUCGACGGCGAGCAGCACGUCGCCGAAAUUCGUGCCGAACUACAUUCGCCAUCCGCCGUUUCCGUAUUCGAGUCGAUCAUCGUUCGACAACUACUCGACGCCGGCAUCGCCAGCAUCACCGGGACCAGCCGUCUCGUCGUCGACGUACUCAUAUGGAAGAAGGGAUUCGGCGGAAACGACGAGAUUCUUGUUGGUCAGAACAAGUGUCGCGCAAGGCAAAGAAACGUACAAGAGGGUGACGCUGCCCGGCGGAAUGAAUCUCGAAAAGGUGAAAUUGACAAUCGAGAAGGCGUUCAGAAUACCCGUCGAGAUGAUAUUCACGCUGCCCGAUAAUAUUCUCGUCGAGACCGUCGAACAGAUUCGCGCCUUCAAACACUCGCAGAAGGUUGAUGUGAUAUUCAAAGACCAGGAGUCGAUGUCGGUUAGUUGGUUUCGUGCUCGCCUGAGCCGUGUCGAUGUUAGUGAUUUGGUUGGAACUCGUGAAUCCACUCGUUGCCUUCAUGGACCAGGAUUACUGUAG